CGGAAACCUUGUUACGACUUUUACUUCCUCUAAAUAGCCUAGCUUGCCGAAAACCCAAUGAACGAAUUAUAUACCAGAAAAUCGGUAACGAUGGAUGGGGUUCAAGCAGCAAUAUCACCAUUCAGCACGUUUUUCGACGAGAAAUCCUCAUUGGGAUUUGCACAAUGGUGCAGCAGAAACAAUCUGAGCCUUUGCAAAUCUGAGACUAUCCGACGAGAAAGUACGGAAGGACCUGGUCGCCAAAGAGUCCGGUAUCGUACUUUAUACGUGCUUGAGGAAGCUUAUCACGGCAUUGUAGCCGAAUCCAUCAAGACGUACAUACCAAAAUUUCGACAACAAAUCAAACAGAUGAAACAAGAUAACCAUACCAUCGUUGGUUACUGCCGCAAGUCUGUAACAGACGAUGAUCAUCCAACACGAGUCCGUCUCUUGCGACAAACGGUGCAAAAACUUAAAGCGAGGUCCUUGGUGGACAGAGUGUACAUUUCUCCACGCUCUUCGGCCAACCAAGAGAUCCGAAGUAGAGAUUUCAUGGAGAGCGAUUUCAUUAUAUCAGAUAUUGAAGGCGCUAUUGGUACAACUCAGGGUAAAUGGAAAUACUUUAGCAGGAAACAGAGCAUUCGACACAAUCCCGCAUUUUCUCAUCACCUGUCCACCGCGCUGGCAGGUAUGGACACAGGUUUGGAGUGUUCUCUUUUACGUCGGACCAACAGCCCUGGGCCUUUCACAGUUCAUCACAGAGCUCAAUUGGUGCCUUGCUCCUCCCUCCACACUCACCCCACACAUCUCCGCCGUCCAGAGUACGUACGCUUCUUGCUCUUUGGCGCGCAUACUGGCAGCUGGUUUUCGACCGCAUCCCCUUUGACCCGGCCAUCGUUGCCCAGUCUGCCCUCCACCUCUACCACCAACUACAUCCUCAGAUUUCUGUGGAUGAAUAAUGGCUCAUAUAUCUUAAUUUGUACUUUUUUUCACUAUUCUUGUUGCUUCCUUUAUGCGUUUCAUUUUGGCACGCCACUUCCUUGAACGUGUGACCAACCAAUAAA